AUGGUGAUAUCACCGUUAUUAGUCAUUGCUUUGGUUUGCCUCGCAGGCGGUGGCUCUCAUUUACCGGCGGUGGAAGCUAUAUGGUUAACGAUUCCAAGGGCUGGCGACAGAUGCGUCUACGAAGAGAUCCAAGCCAAUGUGGUAGUCGUUGGCGACUUCCUUUGCAUUGAUCAGAAUAACGAGGUGGGACUUGGUCCUACCGUUAAUAUUCGGGUAACAUCAGCUUACGGGAAAGAAGUGUACAAGAGAACAAACGUGACGCAAGGUCGGUUUGCGUUUACAACGAGUGAGAGCGGAACAUACUUAGCUUGUUUAUCUAUGCAUAAAGAUCAGACACACUACGCAGUCGAUAAUAGCACUGCCAUCGUCAGCCUUGACUGGAAGAUGGGUAUCGGAACCAAAGACUGGGAUGCUAUUGCUAAGAAAGAAAAGAUCGAGGGUGUGGAGCUUGAACUUCGAAAAUCUGCUGAACGUGUAUUUGAAAUUAGGGCAAACAUUCUCUUUCUAAGAUUCAGGGAAGCAUCUAUGAGGGAGAUAAACGAGAAGACUAACAAGAGGGUUGUGCAGCUUAGCUUUAUGUCUUUAGGGCUUUCCGUUGUUGUUUCACUUUUUCAAGUUUGGCAUCUCAAAGGCUUCUUCCUCAAGAAGAAGCUUAUCUAA